GAGGGAGAGAAUGUAGACUGAGAAGAUGAGACUGAAGUUUGAAUCUUGGUGUCAUUAAUCAAAGUGAUUCUUAAAGCUUGACGUUGAUUUUAAAUGGAGAAAUUGAGUAAAUAAGAUGUUAUUUCCCAGUUUAGUAUAUUGGUUGCCUAUAAGAAUAUUUUCCUACAAGGAAUGGUCGUAUGUACUUGUUUUAGAACACCUGGGACAGUGGAGGUGGUGGGUGGUCACUUCCUUUUCUUGUGGCCCAAGAAUUUAGGUUUCCAGGAAUUUGAUCAAUUUAGCCACUAAAGAUUCACUACCCAGAUCCCUCUGUCUUGAUUUGCUUCAAAAACCAAAGAAGUUAGGAGAAAAAAAGCAAGGAGAAUAUAUUAAUCCCUAGAAUUGAACAGAGCAAAAAACUCUAUUGCUCUUAUACCUAAAACAUUUUUACCUCAUGGGCUCAUCCCUUACACUCUAGGUGGUUCUAUGUGUGCAUUCCAUGCCUGAAAUUAGCGUGUUUCUUAUGUUCUAGCUCUAAACCUAUCAGGUGUUUCCAGUGCCUUUAGAACCCCAGAGAACUUUUCUUUCCCUACUUCUAUGAUCCUUAACUUACUGUAACAUAUUAUUAAGGGCUUUUGUCAUAUCAGGGCACUUCCUGAAGGAGAAGGGGUUUUCAUCUGGCUUAUCUCUGGGCUCCGAAUUUUAUAGCCUGGAGCUUCACAAUUGCGGGGUGCUCACAACUGUUUUUCCUGAACUGAGGUGUCUAGUCUCCUUGGGAAGAGAGGAUCUGUGCAUAGAUCGGCUGGGGAGCUUGCCUCUCCAGGGGCCUAUGGAUUAGUAACAUACUGGAAUGCCCAAGAAUGACCUCAUAAAGCAAGGAUUCUCCUUGUGGACCCUUCUGUGUGGUCCGUGGAAUCUGGACGCUGAGGAAAUCACUGAGCAGAGAUUUUCUGUUGGGUGAUAAAAGCGAGGAAUAAAAAUUGAAAAUUUGGAAAAUGUCUCAACACCGGUAUCGCCGUGUCCACCGCUCAAAAGGCAUUUCUGAUACCCUGUUGGAAAAUGCAUCGAAGGUGUUCUUUGAAAGAUUCAAGACAUUUCAGAGGAAAGAUACUCAAUGUCAGGCAUUUGUGAAGAGAGUUCUAAUGAGUCGUCUGUUUAAGAUAGUGAUGAUUAGCACCAUCUCAGCGAAUGCCUUUUUGUUGGUCUUGUGGACUGAUUAUAAAACAAAAUACAAAUUAUUCAAACUUUCUGAGGUCUCAGAGAUCUUCUUUGUGGCCAUGUAUAGUGCCGAGUUCUAUGUGAAGCUCUAUGUGGACCCCAUAAACUUCUGGAAGGAUGGCUACAACCUGCUAGAUGUGAUGAUUAUUGUCAAUGUCGUGAUCCCCUAUGCUCUCCGCAAGAUCAAGGGCAAGCACUACCCCUACCUCAACAUUGCUGAUGGCAUGCAGUCCCUGCGCAUCCUCAAGCUUAUCACCUAUAGCCGUGGCAUCCGGACACUCAUCAGCGCCACGGGGCAGACAGCCUACACCGUGCUGUCUGUGCUCUUCCUGUUCUUCGUCCUGAUGUACAUCUUCGCUGUCCUGGGCUUCUGCCUGUUUGGAGCUCCAGAUAGGGGUGACUGGAAAAACUGGGGGAGCCUAGCUGUGGCCUUCUUUACCCUCUUCAGCUUGGUGACGGUUGAUGGCUGGACAGACCUGCAGCAGCAGCUGGACGACAAGAAGUUUGCUCUGAGCCGAUCGUUCACCAUCCUCUUCAUCUUGCUCGCCUCUUUCAUAUUCCUCAGCAUUUUCGUGGGUGUGAUGAUCAUGCAUACCGAGGACUCCAUCAAAAAGUUUGAGCGGGAGCUAAUGCUGGAGAGGCACAUGAUACUCAUGAAAGAGAAGCAGGUGAUCGUGAAGCGGCAGCAGGAGGAGGUCAGGAGGCUGAUGCACGCACAGCAAAAUGUUGACUACAAAAGUUUCAGUGAGCUGGUGGAGAACUUCAAGAAGACCUUGCAGCACACCGACCCCAUGGUCUUGGAUGAUUUUGGCACUAGCCUACCCUUCAUCGAUGUCUACUUGUCCACUCUGGACAACCAGGACACUACGAUUUACAAGUGUGGUGAAUGCCAGGUGCAAGCGUGUGAUGGCUGGAGCCCGGGUGGCACAGAGCCCACCCCUGUGCUCAGGCCCCCUCUCCUGCCCCACUUCAGGCUGCAAGAGCUGUACUACGAGAUUGUGCAUGUGCUGAGGCUGAUGCUCGAAGACUUGCCCCAAGAGAAGCAGCCCCAGUCCUCAGAAGAGGUUGACGAGCAGUAGCAUGGUGCGGGUACCCAGGCGCUGAGGGCCUCACAGGCUGUGACAGGCCCCCCAUUAAACAUGGGCUUUCUGCAUUGGUCUCUUCAUGGUUGCUGUGAUCAUGACAUUUCCCCACCUUUGGGAGUUGGGUCUGGACAGGUGCCCAUGAAGCCUGAUUCCCUGACACAGCCAGACCUUGGGAGUGGGAGAGGGAGGCUCAAGACUCGUCCUGGCCAUGGUCACUUCCAGAGGCCACACUGGAUCUCUCCUCAGCAGCAAGGACCCACCAUGUUCCUGGGGAAGCCACCUGAGGACCCCAGACCAAGAAGUGCCCCAGCCUUAGCAGCCCCAUGAGUGUCUGGCUCCUUUGAGCUGGUGUGGCCUACUUCCCUCGUGGAACCUCUGUUGGGUUCAUCUACGGGGCCGUCCCCACACUGGCAGAGCUACAUCUCUCCGUGGGCCCACUGCUCUAGGGACCCCUCUUUGGAGGUUGUCUCUACUUUCUCCUAGGCUCACAGUGGUCGUGGUGCCCCAAGGGGUGCAGCUGUGACUAGAGGACUCUGUUGUGUGGACAUGGAGCUCAGGGUAGACGGGUCUGGCUGGCCAUAAUCAGGCACUUUGGGUUCCUUCCCCUUUUAUUGUUGGUUAGGAUUCUCCACUGAAAGGUGGGGUUUUCUGCAGCAUUCCUAGCCAACUGACUGCGAGCUGCCAAGGGCCUGGUACCACCUGCUCCAGUCAUGAUGGAGCCGCCCAGGUAAGGCAGGGUGGCUGGUACCCCUUGUUCCCACUGGCCAGGCCAUAGGUCUGGCUGUUUCCUUCUGCUCCACUGCUGGGGAGUAUUCUUGAGGCCUGUUACCUUGGUGGUGACGUCUCAGACGGAGGGGUGGGUUCUGGGUAGGGCGAGGGGAGAGACCAGCACCCAUAGCUGAAUGCAGAAAGACCCCAGACCCACACUGGGGAGUCAGCUCAGCAGAAAACACCUGGGGUAGAGUUGAGAGUGCUGGACAAAAGGGUCCCAUGGGUGGUACCAUGGGCUCCAGGCCUGGGUGAUGGCACCCCUGACGCCACAGGACAAGGGCAGGUGGAAACCUAUAUUCGUGGUUUCAUUUAUACAUUGACUACUAAUUACUGAGCUGUGCUGGGUGCUGGGGGUUCUGUGAAGAGAAGCCCACAGUCUAGUCCUGGCCCCUCGUGGUGCCCACAGUUGUGUAGGGGAGAUAGUAAUUAAGUCAGACUGGAUGAGAGACAGUUUCCCUGAGGACAUGACAAUACUUGUUUGAAUGCAGAGACCGAGCAUCUUCUAAGAUACUUGUCAUUUCCAUUUGCAAAUGUUCACAUUCUCAGGACCUAAUUGAGAAUUGUGUGAACAAUGCCAAGGAUUAUUCUAGAGUGAGACCUAUGGCCAUGCUGUGGGGGAGCCCUCUGACAGCAGGGAUUGUUACCUACCUGCUUCCUGGGGUGCAGAGAACUUGGGGAGGUGGGCCUGAAGUACACAGGGUGUCUGUGCCCUUGGUGGCUGGGAGAAGCUCAGGGCCUUAUGCAUUCAAUGCCUGACCAAGGCUGGGGCCUUCCAGAGCUGCUCUGGUGGGCGCAGCAGGGUCAGCAGGGCAGGUGGGCCUCAGGCAAUGGCUCCAUUCAGGGCGGGGGCAAAGCAGACAUUGCCAAGUGCUCACACUGGCUCUGCCAACUUCGUUCGGGGGACUAUGAAAACACAUCUGCCUACUUUCACUGGGAUCCCUGGGCAUUACCCCAGGCAUCUGGGAAUGAGUGAGAGAUUUAAAACUUGCUUCAGGGAGGCAAGUUAGAAAGCACCAAGGUUUUAGAGUUAGGAGACCUGGAUUCCUUCAUCCAGUGACCUUGGGAAAGGUCUACAGUCUUUGGAACCCUCAGCUGUUUCCUCUGAGAAAUGGGCUAAAACUGAUCAGCUGUCUGGAUCAAAUAAAAUACACAUGAGAGUGUGAAA